AACCUCCUUUUAGCACACGUAUGUGCGCAUUUGUACACACAUCUGUGAAAAUCAUCUAAUAACACAGCUGACACCCCCACUCAGUCACACUGAGUUAGAUUUGUUUUAUAGUGUAUUAUAGAUCAUGCAGAUCCACGUCAAUCUCUCCACACUAAGCUUCUCCAGAGACACAUUUAAACCUCUCUUGGUGGAUUACAAUUGUGUAGAAUACGUAAGAUGAUAGGGACACCAGAUGAGAAUCUUGUAUUUGACUUGGGUGAUGAAUGGAGGCUAAAUUUGCCAUAAUAUUCAUAUUCCAAUGGAAGAUACCAAUGUGAUGCUUUGACGACAUUCUGGAAACCCAUCGUUACAAACCGAGACGGAAAUGAACAUCAUAGGAAGCCAUGAUCACAUCUUUUUUUUCAUCCAGCGGUGCGCUCAUUCCAGUAAUCGAUGACAUCCCCGAGAACUUGCAUCCGAGUUGUGAUUGAACCAACUGCCCCGAGCCUCAUAGUCUAACGCACUUCCUGUAAUUGUGGUCAUUGGUCAAUUAGUUUGUCAUUUCAGUUGCUGAUUGGAUGAUAUAGUGUCGCCUCCUCCUUCUCACCCCUCCUGGUAAUGACCUACUGUUAUGCAUCAGUGAAAAUGAGGUGUAAUACAGGAAGUAGGUCAAACACUAUCAUGUCAAUUACUGUAUCUGGUCAUUUUACAGGAAGUGCAGAUGAACAUGUGCACAUAUUGUCGUCGGUAGGGCUUUAACCCACUUCCCAUUGACACACUCUCUUACUGCAUUCCUCCCUGCACUACAAGCUAGCCCCAGGUGGCUUGUUUCUACAGUAUGUGCCCUUGAGCUUCUUGAGGCACUUAACCUAAAUUAGCUCAGUCUGUCGCAGAUAGGACCCCCUCCUUUGCAUGCAGCUCGAGAGCAACACCGCACAGCUUAAUAGUGCCAUUGUUUAUUGUUCUUUUCAUUCAGGUCAUUGAAACAAUUCAAUAAAGUAGUUAUGAUAUCUGAUAACAAAGCAUCAUAAAGAAGUGGUGUUGAGAUGUAGGUAGAAGGUUUGAAUCCAUGUACUUGUCAACCUCCAUGUGCAAAGUGCAACAUGUGAUUAGGUCAACUGUGUAAAUGCAGCUGACAGAAGAAACAGCUGCAGGCGCACAUGUGAACAAUAAGGUGUACCUCCACACAUACAAUAAAGUAGAGUGGUGUCCCACUUUCAGGCAUCUAUAAUGAGAUGUCAUCAAUAUACCGAUGACACACACUCAGACGCUGUUAAGUAUGCCUCAUGGAUAUCGAUGCUGCGAUUCCUCUGAGGUUCCGCUCAGGAGUGACAAGGGGCUUUGAGUCAAUGUGAUUGGAGACAGCAUGGCUGGAUGGUAAUGGCCUAAUGUAGCCAGAGGGCAUCCAGGACUUUAAGUAACAGUGAAAAGUGCUUGACUGAUGAUAUGGACUACAAUAUGAUUUGGUUUAUUCUGCAAUUUACUUAUGACUGCCGCCCUACUUAGCCGCAACCAGGGUCUCUACUAGUUGUUGCCUAAAAAGGUGGCUGCUGUGUUUGUUUUUUCCCCUACAAAAAAGUCAAAGACAAGUCAUUUCAUAUUUGGGUUCUAGAGAUUUACGCAUGCAAAACAAAUGUAUCGCAGCUUUUCUUCCAGUCACUCACACAAACCACCCAAACCCUCAAAGGUUGGACAAGUUAGCAACCAACAGAGGAGGAAAGAUAAUGUUGCAUUUAAGAUAACGGUGGCUAAAUGAGGCAGAGUAAUUAAAAAGUUGGUUUUUUUACUGCUAAAAGUCUUCAUUUUGUCUUUCCCAAAACUUUCCCAAAAGUCUUGAAAGAGAAGGGUUAUCUUCAAUGGGUCAGUAAUAAUAUCCAUGACCACACGUUCCACUGAUCUUUCAAGUACAUAAAGCUCAGAGUUAAGCAGGAAAAAUUAGUUUCAAAAGUCAACACAACAGGCCAGCAUGCACAAGUGUUGUCUGGCCAACUUGGGGGUGGGAUUUAAAACUUGUUGCCAAGGCACGAACAGGCGGUUAGCUACAAAUCCACCUGAACCAAAAGUGGACAUAAAACACUUGACGCUGUCCUCCCCGACGGUGAGCGCUUAGGAGAUGAGACUGCUUAUAAACCUUAACAGGUGUGUACGGUUUAAUGGAGACUGAAGGUAGUAGCACCAGGCUGUAAAAGUCGAUGACUGAGCUGUUGGGGACCUUCCAGACAGUUUGGCUUCCUGCUCUCGUUGUCACGGCCAUUAGCUGCCCUGCUUUUCAUUCUUUGGGCUUCACGUCGUUUCUUUAACAUCUUCUUUCUGCCACCAAGCUUUCAACUGAGGUUGGAUUUCAAAGACGGGUCACUGGAGAGCUCCCGAAGAAAAUUAGGCAUGACGGCCAACUCCUUUUUUAUGUUAUGGCCUUUUGUUGAAUAUCUAUCUUUACGGUGCCUCACCUUGUUGUGUAGAUCUACAAUCACGCUCCAUCUAUCUCACCUGUCCUGCAACAAUUGUUCCCUCACUCCUCUCUUUCUCUCUCUCCAGCCCGUCUUUAUGUCAUUUCUCUCACAUUGCUGCCUGUCUUGCCUCGCAUGGCUGCUCAGCAAAAAUGGCUCCACAUCAAAGUGAACAUCUAUGCAGCCCAUCUAUAUUCUUCUUGUCCUUUCUGGAGGUCUUUUAAGCAAAGUUUGCUCCCGAUACAAUCUGUGCCAUUGUCAGGAAACUUUCAAAGGCAAAGCGUUCUGUUUAAACAGAAGAGCAGGCACACCGCCCGGUUUGAAGUUACCAUGCGUGCAAAUGUGUCUUUGCCUUUUCCAUUGUUUGUUUGUUAGCUCGCAGGGUUAUGCAGAAACCCUGUAAGGGAUUUCCGUGAAACUCUGUGGAGGGUUGGCAGAAGUGCUGAGCAAUAGCCCACAAAAUUAUUUGUACUUAAUACCAAUAAAAAAAAUGUGGAUACAGAAAUUGUUUGUUCACAAUGAACCCACACAACCUCUCCCAACCAUCCAAAUGGCAUAUCUGGCAGGAAUGGAAGUUUCUUUUGGUUUUUGAAGGGUUUUGCAUACUGUGCCACCAAUGCGUGUUUACCAACUGCCUUACCUAAAAAGUCAAUUCGGGCCAAGUUUCAUUUCUAUAAAAUUAUCACUUGAGAAGAUACAUUAUAGAAAGUAGUUGCUGAAAUGUGUAUAACCUGCUAACAGAUGGUCAACCAUUCAAAGUGGGCUAUGAAAUGUUUUGUAACGCAAAUUUGUUGGGUUUAUUUAGUUAACGUAGCCUGAAGUAAUACCUAAAAGGAAAAAACUCUCCUGUCUUUGCAAGAUGAUUGUUGCGUAAACAUAUCCUGAAUGUGCCUCUGUUGCAUUUUGUGUGUGUUGUGUUGUCUCUGUGAAGGAAUCCCAGCUACAUAGAAGGUAGGACAGGGGAUUAGAUUUACCCAAUAACCUCGGCUGCGGAUGAACCUUUUUGGUGUGAAACUCACCCCUUGUGGUUCUGUGUCAAAUGCACAAAAUUGUAAGAUUCCGUUGGCAAAGUGACACCGAUCCCAGUUAGAGUGACAGGAAAGCAUCACACCAGACGCCAGUUGUGUUUGUCAAAGCUGGAGCAAGUUGGACCAAACCUUAGAGGCAGACAGAAGGGCUGACUGGGACACAGCGGGUGAGUUUGGUGUCAGAAAAAGGUCAUUCAGCCUGUGAGGAGGAUGGGGAGGUGGGUGGGGUUGUUAAGUUGAGUUUGCUGGAGUGUAAUGGACGGGAACGUUACCCCAUGUUAGAAUCAUUAGCUCCAAAAAAAAAAAAAAACACUCAUUACAGAUUGUUUACUCAGCCUCGCCCUCCGUCACUUGUUGGGCUUCUGUUCUGUGUUUGAGUGAGAGUGGGUGUUUAUUCAGGACUCCAUCCAACACCCCCCCCCCUGUAUUUUUAGGGACAAUUAGCUAUAAUAUAGUGGAUGGAUAAGAAUCUGCUAGAUGUGAAAUUUUUGUCAGUUAAUUUAGUUGAUGCUGAUUAUAUUUGUUCGGAAAAUGUGUUACCCAGCAUGACUUGCGGGUUAUAAAGUAUUAUUGUAUUUUAGUGUGUAAGUGUUUAUUUCGAUACCAUUUGCCAUUGGUUGGUGGGCUUCAACCGCAACGCAAUAAUCUACUGUAUAAAUGAACAUAAACUAUGGAUGAAGCAAUAACUGAUGAAAUUUACAUACAUACAUUGUAUCAGAUAAUAUGGUUCUCAGUGUUAUUCUUUCUUAUACCUUGUAAACAUCAUACAGUAAUCUUGUGCUUACUGUUUUUAAUGGGUGUCUUCAUUUUCUGAAACAGCCUUCCUGAAAUCCUAAGUAGUCAAUAGCCCUUUUACGCGUAUGGUCUUAAAUCCAUGACGUUGUACCACUAUAUAAAAGAUAAAUAGUUAAACAGCGACCACAGUAUCAUGAGCCUUGCCUCUACCACAACACGGCUUUACAUUGAUUACAAAUGAUUUGGAAUCAAUGAUCCCUUGGCCCCAGCUCCAGCAUCUCUCUGCCAAUGGAUUAUUCAUCAUGCUUUACUCUGCAUGCAUCUCAGUGAAGACCAAAGCGAUCAGGUUCCCCGCUGACCCCCACCCCUGAGGCUUUGCUUUCAUUCACCAUGUAGCGAUAACAGAUAGUAGAGAAGGGAUGAAAGAGCAUACAUGUACCUAAAUAAUAUAUGCACAUUGACAGAAAACAGGGAGAUGCACAAUAUUUUAGAACUAACAUGUUUUUCAGUCUGCUUGCCGGAAGUUCUUCUUCUUCUUUCUAUUUUACUUGAGCCUAUAGGUCACAACCAGUUUUAUGGGCUUCUACAGCCAGUCUACGUGCCAAAAAAUGCAAGAAACGCAUAUGGAAUGCUGAUUUUUGACCCGUAUAAUUACACACUUCUCCGUACGCUUUUGCUGUUGUCAAGUUUGGGCAAAAUUAAUUCUUUUUUGUAUGUUGCACUUGCACACUUUUCUGUGUGUGUCAUGCAGCCAAUGCACGUUCAUAUAUUUUGUACCUCCUCCAUGCAUGUUGAGUUCUUACUCCUUCAUGGUCAGCUCACACAAACAAAAUUAAAUAAAACAAAAAACUCAACGAUUUGAGUAAACAAAAUUCAACAGUCAUCAAAUAAUUUAUCAUAGUAUAAGUUAAUGCAUGUGCAUCAUAUGAACGUACAGUAUGUUGUUCUUCUCCUUUCCUGCACACAUGAAGCUUUUAGCUCACCAAAUUUGUGGAUUCAAAGCACUUCAAAGCCCUAAAACAUCUCUUUAAACAGUCACGUGUUUGGCUUCAAUGGCUCUUGAACAUGCAGACACGCAAAGUGUUUGCACACUCACGUGCCGUACAAAAUACCUGGCCCUGCUUAUCUCCACCUGGCAGACUCCCCAACACCGCGACAGUGUGCACACGGCCCGAGCAUGAACCAGAUGCACAUAAAUAAAACAAAGACUUCAAGUGGAAGUGUGGAGCGUAAAAUCAAUACAGGCUGGAUCAUGUUAUCAGCCAUGAAAGCACUCACGACUGACAGUAAAAAUUAGUUGAUAGAAGGACCAAAGAGAGCUUAACAUUAGAGGAUCAGGUCCGGUUGAGGGGUUUAGGGGCUCGGCUUAGCUCUAUCCAAUCCAAUUGCAAAAAUAAAAGCAGAGACAUGUCGAGUGAGAAUGGAGGUGUGUGCAUCUUUUUGUGUUUAAAAAAAAAAAAAGGUUUAAAAAGUCUCCAUAUGUGGCAUCUACUACCCCCGCCCGUCAAUCUCUGCCUCAUGCCUAUUCAUCUUCAACUCUUAAUCACAGCAUGUAAGCGCUACAAGUCUUAAUAAUUCAUAUAUGGCCUCCAUUUUCCUUCUCCAGCAACCAUGUUAAUAUUCUUUCACUCAAAGACAUAACAAUGAAGUAGUGCUAUGGACCAUUAAACAAUCAUUUGUGUAUUAUUGAAUGAUAAAUCAAUAAUUCAUGCUGAUAUGACCAUUUUAUUAAAGUAAUAGGGCUCGUGACUGGGUUGCAUACUACUGUGGAACCUCUAAGGUCGACAAGGUCCAUUCUGGGAUGGCGGUAGACAUCACAUUUCACAUUUUUAAUAUGAAGACAUAAUGCAAAUGUGCGUUCCUCAGAGGUGUGUUGUUCAUCUCGAGGGUCUUUAACUUUCACUCAAAAAUGACAGACGUAUUUAAUUGGGCUGACAUUGUAUGAGGCGGCCAUUUUUGUCUGUAGAUGCAAAUAAUCCCCAAAGUGGCCUACAUUUGAGGCUCUACUUCUGUGGGUGGAACUGUUGACCUAUGUCUUUGUAUGCGUGUGUGUGUGUGUGUGUGUGUGUGUGUGUGUGUGUGUGUGUGAGAGAACAAUAGGCUCUCUAAUAAUGACUGAUCCUAAUACUGUACACGUGCCGCGCAGUUUAAGUCAGGCAUGACCCAAGCAACCAAAACACACAUCGUAUCGUGUUGUGAACUUUCAUAGUCCAUUUUCACACCACCACUGAUAUUUCUGAUAUAUCAGCAUUUAAAUAUUUGUAUUAAUCAUUUUUUUAAGUCAGUAGCAGUGAACUGUCUAUUCUGUGUCAUUUCAAUUUGAUCAGUACCAGGGUCAAAUCUUGCACAACUUGCACAAGUGUAAAAAUAAGUUAACUGUUAUAUGCAUGCAUUUGAGUGGAAUUUUGGAGCACCUGAAGGGGGCGCUCUGUUGAAUUUAAUGUUGAAUAAUCGCAUCAUGACGCAAUUGAGGUAAAAUGGAGUGCACUACGUGGUGCUGUUGAUUGAGUCUGGGUUGUAUUGUCUUGUUUGUAUUGUUUAUCUCUUAUAAAAUUGAAAUGAAUAAUAAAAACGUGUCUUCUGUGUGUGAUGUUCAAGAGCGAGGGAGCUUUUCAGUUUUAAAACCCACACAUUCAAGGAUCAUUUCCAGACCCAUUCAAGCUCUUGUUGCUGCCCACAAUCCCCCACCCUCCCCCUUCAUUCCCAUCAGACAGCAGUCUCCUACCAUUUGGGAUGAAAAGAAAUACGGUGGCAGAGGGAGGGGCGGUGGAGGUGCACGUUGUGUGUGUCGGACAAUGGCGAGGCUUGUAUGUGAUCUAUAUUCAUGUGACUCACAUUAACUCACUUUUUUUAACUAAGCUACACCUCUAAUCCGCUCUAAAUAAUGCACUGAGACCGUUUGCAUGCAGGUGGAAAGCUGCAUCCUCCUGAGAAGAAUAGCUGAAAAAAUCAAAUGAAGAAGGGGGUGAUUGCCAGUUUAAUGAGAUGCAUAAACAUUCCCAAGACGAGUGUGCUGGAGUGGUGAAAGCUUGUAAAUAAAAUAGAGCAUGUUUAACUUUAAGCGAGAUGAUGAAAUGAUGAGAACUAAAAGGAGAGGCAGUGAUGGCUCCUUGGUAACCAAAGCACAUCAGAACAACAGAGGGGCCGGUCCCACACCCCUCCCACUGUGUGUGUCCCUGAGGACCGGACUGCCUCGGGGUGGAGUGGGGAGUUGAUCGUGUUUAGAGAGAGAUAGAGGUAGAGUCUCACUUGUCAGCAUAGUGGACGCUCACACUUGCUGCGGAGUAUGGUGAGAAUGUGAGUGAAGCCUUCAUCAUCCGACGCUUUUAUUACCUGGAUCUGUCCACGACUGGAAUAAUGGUGUUCAUCGGGACCUCACUAAAAUCUGUGAUCAAAUACUUCAAAAGGAAGGCGGUGUCCAACCUAGAUGAGGAGAGCAAGUGGACGGUUCACUACACAGCUCCAUGGCACCAGCAGGAGAACGUCUUCUUACCAGGCUCCAGGCCACCUUGUGUGGAAGACCUCCACCGGCAGGCCAAAGUCAACCUGAAGAGCGCCCUACGAGAAUGUGACAAGCUGAGGAAAGAUGGUUUCCGCAGCUCCCAGUACUACUCGCAGGGACCCACCUUCUCCGACCCGCUACAGUCCAACAGCAGCCUGCAGGAUGAGGAGGACGAGGAUGAUAAAAAGGUGCGCACACAGUCCAUAGCCUCAUCACCGGACGAUGAUCAGUCUCAGCUCUCCAUGAGGUCCCAGACGCCGCUGGCAGAGAGCGAAAAGGGAGACAGUCCCGAGGUGGACGGACAGGGCGUGGUGUGGGCCAAACCGGCGCCCCUCCCGACCCCGGAGGAGAGAAUGAGGCAGACGGCGCAAUCUGUGCCCACUGACAUAGUCGCCAUCAACGUCACAGGCGCAGUGUUUGACCGGCAGGCGAGCAUCCGGCGCUCCCUCAUUAACACUGACACCGUGUCCCGCCGGCCCAAGAAGGUCAAACGCAGAAAGACAAUAUCAGGGCUGCCUGACAACCUCAACCUGGAGCUAGCAAAAGGACGUGGUGGAGAACUACGCCCCCAUUCCAUGUUCAUCCCAGGACAGUACUCCACUUUGGGCCGGGUCGGGAGCGUCAACUCCACCCUCCGACGUUCCCAAACCCGAGAUUCAAGCUGCCAGACAGAGGAAGCGAAAGUUGUACCACCGUCCAUGAGGAGAAUUCGGGCUCAGCGAGGACAGGGUAUCGCUGCCCAGUUGGCUGGCAUUUCUGCUUCCUCCUCAACAGGAAGUAUAUCCAUCUCCAGCAGCGACAGCUCUGGGAUCUUGAUGCUGUCACAUCAGCAUAACGGAGACCCGUCCCGAUUUCACAGUCUGCCCCGUCAGGGCGCUCGGGUGUCACUCAGCGCCGAUCCUAUCUAUAGUAGCACUCCCAUCAAGUCCGAAGAACAGAACACUCUCCAGAGGCAGAUUGGAAAGCUUCAGGCUGACGAUACAGUUGUGCAUAUGAGGAACGUCCCAAGGACGGGGACCCUACCCAGACCCAAGUCGCAGGAGGUGAGGCGGACGCGGUCCAGCGACUGGGGUGGCGGUCAGGCCUGUGUGGUUUCGCCGCAUGCCGCCUAUUCCACCUCAUUCAUCCCCAAUGCCACCCUGCCCAGCUCAUCCGAGGUCAUCACCGUCAACACUGGACAGCAUUCCCACUCGCCAUCCUCGGCUUACCCGACAGCUCGACGUCUUGGUCUAGCCUCCUCCACUGAUUCCCUGACCUCCAGUCCGGCCGGCUUCACCCACAGUGCCACCUGUCCAGCCCUGGCCACUUCCACUCCUGUUCACACGUCAUUGGAAGGGAGUCGGGGUGCAGCGGCACCCGCCAAGGAGUCUGGGCUAUCGGACAACAGCCUGCACAGUCACAGCACCUUGGCACCCACGCCGCCCUCGUGUCAGACAGACGAGCAGUGGAUCUACGACGCCCCGGAAAAUGUGGUAGCUCCCCACCACACUCUGACCUCUAGCUCCUCCACGCCCAUCAACCAGCUGUACAACAGCCUGGAGGUGUCGUCCAGGACAACUACUGACUCCAGCUCACUCUAUUCCCAGGACAAUGACGGAUAUUACACCUCCAUGCACCUGGAUUCAGGCCUGCGCUCACGCAGCCACGGUAGCGGACACGCGGCGGGCGCUGGACGGGCCACCAGACACAGCAUGUACGAGUGCCGCGAGAUGUCCAAUCAGGACGAGUACGGAAGCUUUUAUAGCGAUCGCUCCCUAGCCCGCAGCAUCUCCCUUCGCAAGUCCAAGAAACCCCCGCUGCCUCCGGCUCGCACAGACUCCCUGAAGCGAAGACCUGGACCCAAAAAGCCUCUUGGUGGUGUGAGCGCCAUUAGUGGUAACGGCGAGCCCAACAAUGCCAUGCUGAAUGAGACUCUGAUUGCCACAUUGCAGCAGAGUCUCCAGAUGGGGCUGAGACCUGGGAAAGGGAAAGGCGCGUCGCCGUCCUCGCCGUCACACAGCCCCAGCAGUGACUACGAUGACCCUUGGGUGCUUCGUCCACGGAGUCAGAGUAGCAUCAGCGCAGGGAGCUCCGCGACAUCGCUAGCAACUAGUGCAAACGGAAUGGGCGUGUCCAAUGCCUACUCGCUGUGCCACGUGACCCCCGCUCACAGUGACACCAGCAGCUUGCGUUCCGACUACGCUGAUUCUUGGGGCUACUACAUGGAAUACCCUCGUAACCACGGGGACCAGAGUGCGCAGACACCUGUAGCUCAUACAGAUAACAUGGCAACCAGGCCUCCACCAGGAGAAGUGCGGAACGGAACUGAGAUUGAUGGGACCCACCAGGAACAAGACGCUCCAGGGCAGCAAGAAAGAGUGGAGGUGAAGCCCAAAACAUCUCCAGAACGAGUGCACAGACUCACGUCCCCCUCCAGCGGCUACUCCAGCCAGUCCAACACCCCCACAGCUGGAACACCGGUGCCAUCUGGCAUCCGGUCCAUGUCUCCCUCAGGCAGUCGACCCAAGCCCAAAGUUCCUGAGAGGAAAUCAUCUCUCAUCUCCUCCAUAUCUAUGUCCUCUUCCUCCACCUCUCUUUCCUCCAACACCUCAGACUCUCUCAAAAGCUGUGGGCAUCCCGCGCCACCACCUGUGCCCGUGACCUCGUCGUCAGCUCCAAACACCCCCCUUAGCCCACCGCCGCCAUUCCCUCCUCCUCUGCCACCAAACAUGAAUGUACGCUCCCCCGCUUCUCCUCCUCCCCCAGCAUCCACACUGCUGCACACGCCACAGGCUCAAACCCAGACCCCGCCACUCGGUUGCGCCAUUUCACCGGAUUUCCCACCUCCUCCAUCCCCUGAAACUCUAAUUCACCCCAGUGUGUCGCUCAAUGGGAGCCUUAGUCCUCCACCCCCGCCACCAGCCCCUAUGUCUCUCACGGGACCCCCACCACCUCCUCCACUGCCUGCUGUUGUCUCCUUCUCUUCCACCCCUUCCGCUGUCAAGAAAGCGCCAAAAGCUACCGUUCCAAACAGUCCCACAAAGUCUCCCAUGCCCCUCAUCACGCCUUUCGCUCUACAGAGUGUUCAGCUACGAUCAGUCCGGCGCCUGGAGGAGGCUGACAUCGACCAGGAGCGGUCCAAAGCUCAGGAGGAAGGGAUAGACAACCCGGACAAGUCUCAUUCCCUGGUGCUGAUGAACUCAUGUGAUCUUAGUCCCUCGCCUGUGUCCAACCUUAUGGAGAAGUUGUCCUUAGACUGUAGCACCACGGGUGACACCCCCCAUUGUCUGGGCGAUGGAAAACCUGAAGAUGGCUGUGUUCUUUUAAACGGAAUAGAAGACGGCGAAGAACAGAAAGUAUUGCCGAGUCUCUUUACCAAACAGAAGCCUCCGAUCAUCGCCAAGAAACCCAAAUUCUCUUUUGUCCCGCCGCCAAGCCCUCAGCCGGUCCAAGCUGAAGACAAAGUCGUCCAUGCAUCCCAACCACAAGUUAAAGAAGAGGAGCUUGGGGAGGAUGAAGAAAGUUUAGAGAGCUCCGAGCCACAAGAAGAGAGCAGCGACACGUCCACAGACAUCCAGUCUGAGUCUCAUAUCUCUGCGGUCCAGAACGCCAGCCUGGACCAAGAACCCUGCCAGAACGGGGAGACCCCUGACGACAACGACGACGAGGAUGAGACGAGUAGCUCAGCAGGGUCCAUCAGCUCCAAGGAGGAGGAUGCAGGUGACGUGUUUGAAUCCAACACGGCCGAGUCAUCUCUCAACGGGACUCCGGAGGGGAGCAUGGUGACCCCGACUCCCACACGGACUCGGACUACAGAGGACCUCUUUGCCGCCAUUCACAGGUCCAAGCGCAAGGUUCUUGGUCGCAGGGAGUCUGAGGAGGACAAGUCCCGAUCGGGGAGUCACUCUCAGUCCCCACCCUUGACGCCCACCAACGCGGCGUCCCCGGGUCCGGUGUCGCCGUCGCCGCGCCAGGCGGGCUCCAUCCAGCGGCACCUUCGCAAGUCAUCCACCAGCAGCGACACGUUCAAAGCGCUCCUCCUGAAGAAGGGCAGCCGCUCAGAGACCAGCUUCAGGAUGUCCGCCGCCGAGAUGCUGCGCUCCACGGACCCCCGUUGCCAGCGCCCGCGAUCCGAGGGCGUGUCGGACCCUCCCGGGUCUGCCGCUUCCCCAUCCUCGCCGCCCACUGUCUCCAGCCCCUGCGCUUCCCCCAGCCGCAGUAAGAGGGCGGCAGACGAGUGGAACCGCUAUGAUGCCCUGGCUCUGUCUUCGCCAACGUCCACCGCCUUCCCCGCGUGCGGCAGCAAGUACGGACGCUCGCGCACACCGCCCUCGGCCGCCAGCAGCAAGUAUAACGCCCGCUGUCGGAUCCUCAGCAGCCCCAUGACGGUCAUCUGCGAGCGAGAUGGUGAGAUGGCUGAGAGCGAGUACGGGGACACAGCGGAGAGCCUCAAAGACUCAAACGGCACUUUAGCAGACGAUAGAUAAAAGAAGCAGAACCUCAAUCAUACUUACCAGGAGGCGGAGCCAGCAGCAGGCCCCGCCCCCUUAGGCCUGCCCAGGCAAAGACAUUCUGAUGUGAGGUUUUGGGACUACACUUUUUUUCAUCUUUCAAACCCAGUUUGUUUUUCAUUGUCGUUUACUUCAAUGCUGUCACAACACAGUGCUGCCACCUAGUGACGAUAGCCUCAAAUCAUCCAUCAGUUGACUUUAUUGUAGAUGUUGCACUGUGCAUAGUUCUUCUUUCUUUGUGUGUUUGUUUUUAAAGAACGUUUUACUCAAAGCAAGCAACGUCUGUGUGGAAGAAGUUAUCCUUUUCUUACCCGGUCAUCUCCUCGUGGUCGUCGUGGUUACCAAAGAGCCAAACAAAUGAACUGAAAAGCUGGAUGUAAACACAACAUGACAGUUUGUCCGACCCGCCAAUACCGCUUCUAAAUGACCUCUAUGACCUUUAAAAGUUUAUCCUACUACAGUUUUAUAUUUGUUGUGUAUGUAAAUAAAUAGAAAAGGAAUGUUUUAAGUGA